CAUAAUCUCAAACAAAACUAUCAAAAGAACUCUUUUUUAAUGUCAUGGCUGUGGUUUCUGUUUUCUAAUGUAUACAAGAUUACAUGUCCUGUUACGUUCGCUAAAGAUCGUUAAAUAAACCUACACGUUGAUAAUACUGUAUUAGAUAAGUCUUGUUAAUGAUCUUUUCCACAUACCUCGAGGUGACGUUUAUACCCUGUGAUGGUUGUACAAGAUGGUAAAGUGCUACACUCUACUCCUGCUCUCUGCUCUGUUGGUCUCCUCCAUGAGCGCACCAGCUCCUAACACUGACACUGGAGGUGAGGAGAAUGAUCAGGACCAAAGAAUAAUAAACCCUCGACUAAAUCCCAUAUCUAAAUGGAAUUCCAUUCAACUGCUUAUUGAAAAGUUUUCUAACUUCUUAGAGGACUUGCCUCUUGACCAACUGACGCUUUUAGAGAGUGCCAAAGACAUAUCAGAAUUUCAAGGGAUAUUAGGAGCAUUAAUCCACGAUGACAAUAAAGGUGGAGAAAAUGUGUUUGGUAUGAUUGAUCAGCUCAAGGAUCGCUACACAAUGCUUCACGGCAUCGUAAGAGGAUUAAUUGCGAAGACUGGAAAGUCUAAUCCUGUCUCUGGAAAUGAACCAAGCAGUCAGAACGAAAGGCUUCAUCCUGUCUCUAGAACCGAAGAACCAAGCAAAGAACCUCCCAGUCAAAGCAAUGGCCAGUCACCAUCAAAACUUGAUGGAGCUGUUGAAAAGAUAGUUGAACAGCAAUUGAUGGCUGCUAUGAAAACCCUGCCAGUAGAGGACCUCGAAAAACUUCAGAGUAUGUUGGCUGAAAAAAGUGAUCCUUCUCAAAUACUGAAAGAAAUACAACCGACAUUCCCUAAACUUACCGAUGAUUUGAUAAAAAUUACCGUUAAAUAUCCAUCCGAGUUGAAGGCUGUAAUUGAGCAAGUUCUUUUAGAAAACAAACUGAAAAGCGUGACACCAGCUGCCACAACUGCUCAGCCUUCUGAACCAACCUCCCAGGUAACGGACGAUAGUAAACAAGAAGAUAAGAAAGUUAAAGCUGAGGAUAAGAAAAUUGAUAUGAAAAUAAGCGAUGAAACAAAAGGAGAGGACAUUUCAACAAAAGAAGACGGCAAGAUGGAUAUUUUUGAUGAUGAUAAGGAAAAAGACGUUGAACUUAUUCCUGGUGAGGUGGUGGAUGAACAUGACUACCAAGACACUAAAGACAUGUCACGGUCAAAGCCCUGGAAUCCAUAUUGGGAAAGACAGACAACCAACUGGAUGCAGGACUUUCAACGGAGACCUGUCAAGACUGGGGGGUGGUUUGGGGCAUGGCACUUUCUCAUCAUAUUCCUCCUGAUUGCCGCUCUAGUGGGCGUUGGCUACAUCUGCAGUCACAACAAGACGAAGAUCCGGGCAUACAUUGCGGAGGUUGCUUCGAAGGGUCGGAAAGCUCGUAACUAUACAUACAAGCAAGUCAGCACAACAUAAUCUCAAACUGAACUGAACUCUUUUUUAAUGUCAUGGCUGUGGUUUCUGUUUUCUACAUGUACAUGAUUACAUGUCCUGUUACGUUCGAUAAAGAUGGUUAAAUAAACCUA